CGCCAGAACUGAUUUGAGGAAGAGCCAAUCGGAGGCGGCGAGUGGGGCGGUGACCCGCUGUUUGAAUCGGGGCGGGAGCGGCCGGUCGCGCCGGGGCGAGAGAGGGGCGCCCGGCGGCCGGAGCGGCCCGCGGCAUGGAGCGGGAUGAGGCGGUGCAGGAGGGGCUGCGGCGCAGCAACGCCCGCUUCGUGGCCUCCAUGAACCGCAUCCUGGAGCGGUAUAAUCGUCCUUUUGAAGAUGAUGCACUUGUUUCCAUGGCUACUCUCACUUAUGAUACACCUGACGGACCAAAACCAUGGGGGCAAGUGUCAAGGAAGGAUGUUAAAGAAUGGAAGAAAAUAUUUAAGCAUAAGAAACGAAGUCAAAGGAAUAGAGAAAUACCAGAGCAAUGCAGCAGUGAUUUUGAAGAUGAACAUUCAACAGAACAUCAGGAAUCUUCUGAGAACACUGCUGUGGAUACAUCAGAUUCAGGUGAAGAAAGAGAGGAGGUAGGCUCAGUAAGAAGAAAAUUUAAAGACAUUCAGCUUCAGAGUGUGAAUGUAGAUGAGGAACAAAGCCUGGUGAAGGAAAGAGUUCAAGUGGAUGUGAUCGUACAAGGUGAUGAGAGAAGAAUUCCCAAAUGGAUAACGAUAACAACUCCAAAGUCCUCCAAAGAUCAUCGUUUAACUUCUCCAGUGCAAGAAGAGUUUGAAAUACCAGAGCAAUGCAGCAGUGAUUUUGAAGAUGAACAUUCAACAGAACAUCAGGAAUCUUCUGAGAACACUGCUGUGGAUACAUCAGAUUCAGGUGAAGAAAGAGAGGAGGUAGGCUCAGUAAGAAGAAAAUUUAAAGACAUUCAGCUUCAGAGUGUGAAUGUAGAUGAGGAACAAAGCCUGGUGAAGGAAAGAGUUCAAGUGGAUGUGAUCGUACAAGGUGAUGAGAGAAGAAUUCCCAAAUGGAUAACGAUAACAACUCCAAAGUCCUCCAAAGAUCAUCGUUUAACUUCUCCAGUGCAAGAAGAGUUUGAAAUACCAGAGCAAUGCAGCAGUGAUUUUGAAGACGAACAUUCAACAGAACAUCAGGAAUCUUCUGAGAACACUGCUGUGGAUACAUCAGAUUCAGGUGAAGAAAGAGAGGAGGUAGGCUCAGUAAGAAGAAAAUUUAAAGACAUUCAGCUUCAGAGUGUGAAUGUAGAUGAGGAACAAAGCCUGGUGAAGGAAAGAGUUCAAGUGGAUGUGAUCGUACAAGAUGAUGAGAGAAGAAUUCCCAAAUGGAUAACGAUAACAACUCCAAAGUCCUCCAAAGAUCAUCGUUUAACUUCUCCAGUGCAAGAAGAGUUUGGCAGUCAAGCUGCUGUUUGCAGAAAGAAGCUGGAGUUGUCAAAUGAACAUUCUUCAUCCAAAUACCAACAGUUACAACAUUCUGGUGUUCCCAUUUCAUCAAAUAGAAUAGCCUCACUCAGGCAGCGACCUUAUCCAGGACUGAGCACGACUUCAUAUGAUAGUAUCCAUGGAGAAUACCAGCCUGCACAUGAGGGAUGCUCCUGGAGCAAUACAACCCUUGCAGACUUGUAUCCAGCAAUGUUAGAGACAUUUACACAGCACAUGGCAAAGCACUUUCAGAGAAAAUGGCUCAAAUACAUGUUUGGACACUUAAGGUCCAAGAGACGGCGUUCUAGAAGACCAAAGCUCAAUGUCACUGUAGACAAAAUGGGAGGGUCCAGAGCCUGUAAACUAGAGAAAGCACUUCACAGCAUACAUAGCUCUAGAAGUGAAGACAACCAGAAUACAACUUCUGUAAAUGAGAGCAGAGAAUUCUGUGGUGACAAUUGCCUCAUUAGUAAUUCUUCUGGUCUGGUGCCUUAUGCUUACACUGAUAGAAAUGAAGGCAAAAUGGGCUACUCUAACUCAGAUUUAGAACAACAUUUGGUAUCUGGAAAGGGCCAAGAAGUCUGCAAAUACACUGCUUUUCCUGAUGUUAUGGAUAGAAUGGGAGAGACAUUUAUAGUUGAAGAUGAAUUACAGACUACUGCCUCACCAAAGAAUUCAGAAUACACAGAAAGUGAAAAUCUGGCCUACAGACGUUUCUCAGAACCCAGUUUAAUAACAUCUACUGGCAGUUCAGAUUCAAGAGCGUUUCAUCUUGGAAAAGAGAAGAAGACUCAGAAAACUGAUUUUUGUGUUGGUACCUCAGAAUUGUGUUCAAGUGCUUGCAGUUCCCAUGGCAAUAGUAACAAUUCUUUACCUAUCACAAAUUGUUCUCCUGCAAGAUCAUCAAAUACUGUGUUUAGAAAUCUUGAAAAAAGAAUUCCUGAGAGACAAACUUUUUUCCAGCACAAAGACUCAUUUUCCUCCUGUUUUAUGAAGCAGAGUCCUUCAAAGAAGCCCGAUAAAUACGAAGAUGCAUUUGAGGAGCUCUACUACAAAGUGUGUUCUGAAGAAUUCCAAAAGUCUUUGACAUUGACAAGACCUCUUUUAAACACACAGAACCUUGAAGAGAAAGGAAGAUUAGUGAAGAGUAAUCUAAGUGAUUUUGGGAGGUCCAUUAAACAGAGUGAUGCAAGAUUUGACAGGGUCUAUGACAAAUUGUCUGUUCAAGGGAACAGGAGGGAGUCUGUUCCAAAUUUUCCUUGGUUUCAGACAGUUUCAAAUUUCAGGAAAUAUGAAGAAAUACAGAUCCCAGAAACUGUAAAUGCUCUUGUUAAUUCUCCUGUCCGAAGUUACUCUGCAAUUUUCAGAGUUAAGAGAGCAGGAAAUUGUGAGAACAAUCUUCCUUGUUCACCAGUAAAGCGACUGAAAGUUACACCAGGACCUUGUUUUUCUUCAAGGAAAUGUCAGGAGAUUUCCCACAGUAAAAAGGGUAAUCCUCAGACAGCUGGCAUGGAUUUUUUGAGCACCUACAACUGUAGCAACCUCAGGUUUUUUGCAGACCACAACUGUCAUUGUCAGGGCUCUGGAUCUCAUGGUUCUUCAGAUAAAAGUUUUCAUGGUAUUGCUGGCACUUCCCUGCAAGAAUCUAGGACUGCUGGUUCGUGCUCUGAUUGGCCUGGGACAAUGGGGAAUUGCAGCUGUCUCAGCAAUGUGAGGAAGCAUCAGCCAAGGGUAUACAGAAAACUAAGCUACACUGAUGGGAGAGACCAAUUAUAGGAAUCCCUUGGAUGAUUCACUGGUUAAAGCUCACCAAGAAGCAUUCAUGGACUGCUACACAUAAAACAGUUUUAUUUCGGUUGGGUUUUAU